AUGGACUCGUACGCUCCAUUAUUGGAGAAAACCCGAGUACCCCAACCGUCGCUCCAAAAACUCGCCGUAAUCUCCAUAUUCGACAAGCUCCGAUCCGCGCCGGCGCGGCUUGCUCCGGGAUCCGAUCCCGGCCGAGACGCCAUCACUCGAUGCCUCCACUCCACCUCUGCCGCUGUCGUCGACCAAUCGACUCGAGAAUUAUGUCGUCUCGUCAAGGACUCAAAAUUGGACCUGCUAACUGGGUUGUUGGAGCUCCAGUCCGCCCUCGAAGCCACCAAUUCUCGCUUCAUCAAUCUCUUCAUCAAAGCCAUCGGAUUUUUAACGACAUUAGGCUUCCAGAAUGAUCCCUCUACCUUCCGUUUUUUAUCCGCGGAAAUUCAUCCAUUCGUGAAGAUACUUACUUGUGGAGUGGAAGUGCAUUGUGAGCUUGCAAAACAAGUUAUUACUUUUAUGGUGAAGAGCAAGCAUUUGGGAUUGGAGGAUGUUUGUGAAUUCUUGAUGCCUUUCUUAUAUCAUUCGAUCAUAAAAGUUUCCAUCACGAGCUCUUAUACUCUCUUCACGAGGAACUUAGUGUCCUCAUUUGCGUCAUUUUGUUGUUUAUUUCCUCAAGAGGCCAUCCCUGUAUUUAAGCUGUUGAUAGGAUGUCUCAAAUACUUUACAUGCAAGAAUGCAGAAGAAUUUACAGAUGUUUCUUAUUUUGUUGAAUGUUUGGUGGACGCAUAUUUGGUGGUAUUGAGGCAGUUGGUCGGAAUGGGAGUGCUUGUUCAAGAAGCUCAAUUAUGCGGUGUGGCACUGCUGGAAGCAAUUUUGUCUCUACAUGGGGAUUUUCGCCACCACUCUAGUGGCAUUGAGAAAAUUUUAGAAGUAUUGUGGCGCUUAUUGGCUGUGCAUAGAGAGCUUGGCCUAAAUUAUAUUACUGAAUUGAAAUCAGCGAUACUAUCCUUGUUCAUAAUUUUCAUUCAGUCUGAGCUCGAACAUGAACAAUAUUCCAUUGUGAAACUGGUUCUCUAUCUUUUGAGAUGGAAAAGUGAAAAUGAAUAUAAUGUUGGUGCUUCUACAAAUGAGCUGAGUGAAGAGCUCUUAUUCAUUUUCCCUGUUGUCAACCUUGUUUCCUCUCCAUGUAUAUCUGUUAAACAAGUAGCAACUGAUUUGCUUUCUGUUUUGGGGAAGACUAUAAUGACUUUGCUGACUGCACCAAAGGCAAAGCAAGCUGUUGAAGGACUGUAUCCGUUUAUUACUACGCCUGGAUGCAUCAUAUUUAGGCUCCUACAGAAUUUGUGGUUUCAGGAUCAAUCUUCAACUUUUGGUUCUUACUAUGUUAAUUUUUCUUCCACCAAUGAACUCUAUGUUAAAGAAGAGCAUUGCACAGGAAGAACAUGGCCUUCUUCCCUAAAGGAAUACUCCCUUGGAAUUGUUGGGAAGCGUAAAUCCGCUUCAAUCAUUUCUCAGUCAGAGGAAAUCUUUUUGACAGAAAUGCCUGCUAUACUCUGUGCAGUAGGUAGUGUCUUGCUCAUGCAUCAAAAGUUGAGGAACUCUGUAGUUGAUCUCUUGGCUGUUUGUAACAAUGUGGAACCUAAACUUGGUGUCCCUUUGUUGCUACUCGCUCUAUUCUACAAUCAUAUAUUCUUGAGUAAUGAUAAAGAAAUUGAUUUUCAUGACAUGCUGCUAAAACUCUGGGGCUUGCUUCCAUCAUUGGCUUCACAUCCUGUUAUGAUACCACUAAUUGUUCAGACUAUAAUGCCAAUGCUUCACAAGGGUGCAAAGCCUGUUCUAUAUGCUACCGCAACGCGUUUGAUUUGUAAGACCUGGGAGAUCAAUGACCGCGUCUUUGGGAGUUUGCAGGGAGUAUUAGCGCCAAAAGGAUUGAGUGAGUUCUCAUCUGACAGAGAAAUCUGCGUUAGUAUUGCUGUUUCCAUUCAGGAUGUUUGCCGAAGAAACCCAGAUAGGGGAGUUGACCUUAUUUUAAGUGUAGCGGCCUGCAUAGAGAACCAAGAUCAUUUAGUUCAGACUCUUGGACUCCAAAGCGUUGCCCAUCUUUGUGAGGCAGAUGUAAUUGACUUUUAUACUGCAUGGGAUGUGAUUGCAAAGCACGUGCCGAACUACUUUGAAAAUGCCACUAUUGCUCAUGGGCUGUGUCAUCUUUUAAGAUGGGGUUCAAUGGACGCUGAAGCACACCCAGAAGUUUCUUCGAAUGUGCUGAAAAUAUUGUGGGAAAUUGGAAGUGACAGACAUGUCGGUCAGGGUUCUUUAUGGACAAGAACUCGAGCGGCUGCCUUCAUGGCAUUAUUGCAUUACGAGGUAAUGCAUAUUCAUAGAAGCAUACCAGAUUUCAAGAAUAGGAACAUGGAAUUGUUUACUUCUGAGACUGACCCUGAAGUACUGAAGGCAUUGGAAGAAUUUGAAGUCAAAAUCAUAAAUUAUGAGCACAUUACAAGACGAAGAUUUGUAAAGCAAAAAAGGGUCUCUGCAAACAAGAUUGAGAAGUUGUUAAAUGUUUUCCCUCAGGUUAUUUUUACUUCAGGAAGUAACAGCAGAGCUAGAGAAUUCCCUGGUGCAGCUUUAUUUUGUCUUUCAUUUUCUCAAAAAGAUACGAACAGAGGAAUGUCAAAGGGAUUACAAUAUGUGCACAGUAAAUACAAGGAUGCCAUGGUGGAAAUAGCUGCAUCUCUUCAGCUCUCGAGAAAUAUUUUGGUAGCUCUACUCUCAUUGCAAUCAUGGAAAGCUUUUAUGCAAAGAUGGAUGAGGUCUUGCAUCAUCCUGCUUGAUGCUAAUUCGCAUUACACUGUAUUAGAUAGAACUUCGAAAGCUGCUAAUGAUAUUUUGAAGGUUAUAAGACAGACAGCAGAAGAAUCUAUCCCUAGAUCUGCUGAGAAUAUGGCUCUGGCUCUUGGGGCUUUUUGUUUGGUGCUGCCAGCUUCUGCACAUGUUGUGAAGUCGUCUGCUUCAAAGUUCCUGCUGGUUUGGCUGUUUCAGUAUGAGCAUGAAUGUCGCCAGUGGUCAGCCGCAAUUUCUCUUGGGUUGAUCUCAAGUUGCUUGCACGUGACUGAUCACAAACUGAAGUUUGAGAUUAUAAAUACACUUAUUGAGGUUGCAUCACUUAGCAAGAGCACCCUUGUAAAAGGAGCUUGUGGGGUUGGAUUGGGUUUUUCAUCUCAAGAUCUUCUAACCAGGGUUGAUGCUGAAGAGAAUUUUCAGGACAAAGAGACACGGAAAAUGAAAGAAACUGAUUUAUUAAAAAAGAUUGUUAGGACCAUGCUUCUUAUGAUAUGUCGGUUUGCUGGCUUUUCAGUUGAUAUUCUUAAAAACCUAUCUGCAUGCUUUCCACUUGGAACCAAUGACUUUGAUUCUCCUAAGAUAAUUGAAUAUCAGAAUGAGAAUUUUGAUAAUCUGGAGGAAGAUAUAUGGGGUAUUUCUGGACUUGUCAUUGGGUUGGGGAAUUCUAUAGAUGCAAUUUACAGAGCCGGGACCCAUGAGGCAGUUUUAUAUUUAAAAGGCCAAUUUAUUUCGUGGAUUCAAAAUGUAAACUCUCCUGUCUCUAAGUCUGCUGUCAGUGAAGCACGUGGGUUAUUUUUAUCGGUAGGAUCAUGUCUUGCACUACCAACUGUAGUGUCUUUCUGUCAAAGGGUAGAACUUAUUGACAAUACUGAGUUGGACCGUCUUCUGAGUGGCUUCAGGGAUCUCAUCUCUGAUCUAAUGUCUGUUAAACGAUUUGAUGCCUUCCACCAGAGCUUGUUGACAGCAUCUUGUGUAGGAGCUGGGGGGCUGCUUUCUAGCAUUUUGAAUGCAGGGUUACACACUAUAGAAAUCAAGCAUGUUAAAGAUUUGCUGACAUUGUUUAGAAGAAGUUACUCAAGUUCUCACCCUCCACUUAUUCAUCUAGGUGGAAUGCUUGGAGUUGUGAAUGCAAUAGGGGCAGGUGCUGGAACAAUGGUUCAACAGCAUCCUCUAACCUCCUUUAACACUGCAGUCUCUAGAAAGGAAUCUUCUUACAUAACGGGCCCUCUAAUUUCAAAUCCUGUCUUGGAGCCCAAGGUGACGUCAUUGAUUCAGGAGAUAUUUCUUGUUGCGCAAAAUUCUGAUGAUCCCCAACUACAGCAAUAUGCAGCAUGGGCAGUGUCAUUUCUCAGGCAUUCCAUGUUCUCUGGAGAACUUUCAAAUGAGAAAAGCAUUAUUAAUAAUGACUCUCGUGAUCUAAAGUCCCAAUCUCAAAGUAUUUCCGAGGACAGUGUGGUCAUGAAACUGUCUUCAUGGCUAAUGCAAAUGAGUUCUCCUGAGGUCGCUUCCAGUACAAGCACAGUUGCAAGUGUUUUGAGUUGCUUGUCACUUGCUCCUAGGUUACCAUUGUUGGACUGGAGAGCAAUAAUUGGGCGGUGCAUGAAAUAUGAGGGUCUAGUUUCUCAGUUGCUUGCACCAGAUUCAGCCCUUCGGAAAGGAAUUCUCAGGGAGGAGUGUUUACUGUUCUUGUUAGCCCAUGCAAACCAAUAUGAUGAACUUCUCAGUUUCCUCGAUGAGCUAUCUGAUCUAGCCAGGUUCAAAACACUCGAGCCAAACCUGCAGUCAACUAUGCUCUUGCAUGUGGCAGACCUGAUAAAGAUAUUCUCUAGUUCUAGACUUGGGAAGCUCUUUGAUGACUUGGCUACCUUUUUACCUUGGUUUGCUUCUUCUGACCGGUACAACCAAGAACAGAAAAUCUCUAUACGGGUUUCAUGCUGGAAGGGUUUACACCUUUGCUUGAAUGAAUCCUUUCCCGAGACACAAGAUUACACACCUAACUUAGAAAAUUGUAUGGAGGUUCUCUUUACUCUGUUGCCUUGGUCAUACUCUGCUGAUACUGCGGGAUCAUGCAAGGGGACUUCCAAUACAGAAUGGAUUGAAGCAAUUAGAUGCCUUGGGAAGGCUCGACAAGGCUGGUUAUUGAAUCUUCUUCUGAUUACCGAUGCAAAUUUCAUAGAGAACAGCCAUACCAUCAAAAUUUUGAAGAAGAUUCAAGCAAAAGCCAGACUAGUUCGAAUCGGUGCCAUUUCAUUGAAUGAGCUCUGGAAAUUAAAAGCUCAUAUGUUGAGCAUUAGAACUGAAGUUAUCUGGGAUGUUCUUGUAGAAGUUGCAAUUACAGUGCAACACGCCGAAGGAAGUGCCAGGAUUCAAUGGCUUAUUGAAACAGUGAAAAUAAGCUGUGUUACAAGUUAUCCUGCCACGGCUCUGCGGUUUCUUGGUCUACUAUGUGGUGGCUGUUGUAAAUAUAUGACCGUCCUGAUUAUUGAUCAAGUCAGUGUGUUGAGUGAUCUGCCCGUCACCCUUUCGUCUCUCCUUUCAGAAACCAGCUGGGGAAAAGUAGCAGAAUCUGUGGCGUCGGAUUUCUGUACAUCAACGGAACGAAUUUAUGAUUGGGUGAAACAUAUAAAGGUUGGUGAUUAUUCGCCUGGUUCACAAACUAUAGAUAUAAGUGAGAACGAUACGGCACCGUUCCUACUGCAAGUGAUGCGUGAAGCAUGUAUUCAUUUGAAACCUUACUUACCUCCGGAGAAUUUGCUUAGACUAGCUAACAUGGUUGUUCCGUGUGAAAUAUGUAUUAAAACGUCAAGUAUAGCGAUGAAUCAGAGCUACAGGAAUUGGGCCCCACCGUUGCCACAACCACAAUUCCAGAACCCUAAACCUAACAUGAACCUUGUAGGUAUAAAACCACGCCCAUCUGUUACUUUCAGUAAAUCAACGACGCAAUUGGGUCCAAGAAGCAAGUGGAGGGGGAAGAAGGUAGGUAUGCCGUUCAACAAGAGGCGGUCUCACAGCAACGGGAUGGGCGACUCCUCGUCGCGACGGUUCACAGAGAGAUGA